AUGACCAGAAGAAGGCUGUUGGAAUAUGACCAUGAGGAUGCCGCCAAACUCGCCGCUGCUGGCAUCUUCAUCGACGGCGACGCCAAACAUGUUGCCUCCUUCCGCCGCCAUGUCCACCGCCACUUUCCCGACAUCGUGCGCCGCCCUGGAUGUUUCGUGAUCGGCUGCUUGUUGCUUUUGGCGUUUUCCACCAUCUCUCUGUUCGUUAAGUUUACGUUGCUCAAUUCUUUCGAUGAAAUGCGGUUAAUGCACAACGACAAAAAAACUGGGGGGCCUUCUGGUAAUUUCAUUCCCCGCCAAAAACUUAUCUACCAAUCAAACGCCGCUUUGGCCCAAUCUUCUUCCGCUAAGACCAACCCCCACAACCCUGUUCCGGCCAAGGUUCAAUUAAUGGAGACAUGGGAGCAACCCGACAGUCAAAACUAUUACAAAUGCAUAAAUGUCACAAAGAACGACGAAUCAUGGAUUGAGAUUGAAACAAAUGGCUACCUUCUUGCUCGAGCUAACGGCGGAUUGAACCAGAUGAAAACUGGGAUAAGUGACCUGGUUGCUAUAGCAAAACUCAUGAAUGCGACUCUAGUUCUUCCUUCUUUGGAUCAAAGAUCCUUUUGGACUGAUACAAGUGAAUUCAAAGAUAUCUUCAACUGGAAAAAUUUCAUCCAAGUUUUGAGGGAUGAAGUUCAUGUAAUAGAAUCUCUCCCCUUAGAACUCUCACAUAUCAAGCCCUUUGAAACGGCACCAGUUUCUUGGUCUAAGGUAUUCCUGCACAUUCAUUCAUUCAUUCACUUGUUUCCCUCCCAUUCUAAAUGGAAAUAUAUGCAGCCUCGUUACUAUAGAGUACAUAUGGCGUCUUUGUUGAAGCAGCACAAAAUCCUUCACUUAACCCACACGGACUCUCGAUUAGCCAACAAUGGUGUUGCGGAAUCGACACAGAAACUUCGAUGUCGAGCAAUGUAUAGAGCUUUGACAUUCAAUACCAAAAUUGAACAGUUUGGAAACAAGCUCGUUGCUCGACUAAGAAGUGAUGGAAAACCUUAUUUAGCUCUGCAUUUAAGAUAUGAAAAAGACAUGCUGGCAUUCACGGGCUGUAGUCACAGCCUUACCGAAGCGGAGGAUGAAGAGCUGACGACCCUAAGGUUUAACGUACGACACUGGAAGGUAAAAGACAUAAACAGUACCCAACAAAGACUACUAGGGGAAUGCCCCAUGACUCCAAGAGAGGUAGCUAUAUUUCUUCAGGCAAUGGGGUAUCCUUCUGAUACCAAUAUCUACAUUGUUGCUGGCAACAUUUACAGCGAAAGCGGGAUUAAACCGCUAAAAGCUAUGUAUCCUAACAUCUUCACACAUUCUUCUUUGGCAACUGAAGAGGAAUUGGAGCCUUUCAAACAAUAUCAGAACCAGUUGGCUGCUUUAGACUAUCUUGUAGCAGUAGAGAGUGAUGUUUUCGUUUACACCUAUGAUGGGAACAUGGCUAAAGCUGUCCAAGGUCACAGGAGAUUUGAAGGGUUUCGGAAAACCAUCAGCCCUGACAGGACAAAUUUAGUGGAUUUGAUAGACCGAUUGGACGCAGGAGCAUUAAGCUGGGAAGAGUAUUCUUACAAAGUUAUGGAAUUACAUAAAGAGAGAAUGGGGUCACCAUAUCCCCGAUGUCCUGGGAAGUCCUCGAAACUGGAGGAGAACUUCUAUGCCAAUCCUUAUCCAGGUUGCAUCUGCCGCAAGUCUGAUGGCAAGAAGCAUAGCUCAAAGAAAGAAUGUCGAGGCUGAAAUCUCAUGGUCACAUACAGGGAAAGGCCAUGGUUUGGGUUCAUUUGUCACAGGCAUGCUUUAGCAGCUACAAAUGAAUGCAGGGCACUAGAGAAAUUGUAGUAGAUGAGAUCGCUUCUGUUUAAAGAACA